CAGACAGAAACCCCAGCGCCCGGCAAGCGGGAGGUAUUGUCCGUCACCCCGGGCUUUGUUACGUCUUCGCCUACUCACCUGGCCGCGGGCGCGUCCUGGCCGCUGCAGCCCGGAGCGGAGUGCCAGCCGCUGCCGCCGCCGCCGCCGCCAUGGUGUCCCCAGUCACUGUGGUGAAGAGUGAGGGACCCAAGCUGGUGCCCUUCUUCAAGGCCACCUGCGUGUAUUUUGUGCUCUGGCUGCCCUCGUCCAGCCCAUCGUGGGUCAGCGCCCUCAUCAAGUGCCUGCCCAUCUUCUGCCUCUGGCUCUUCCUUCUGGCCCAUGGCCUAGGAUUCCUGCUGACCCACCCCAGUGCCACCCGCAUCUUUGUGGGGCUCGUCUUCUCCGCUCUAGGUGAUGCCUUCCUCAUCUGGCAAGACCAGGGCUACUUUGUGCACGGUCUGCUGAUGUUUGCUGUGACCCACAUGCUCUACGCCUCGGCCUUUGGCAUGCGGCCACUGGCUCUUCGGACAGGUCUGGUGAUGGCAGUGCUGUCGGGCCUGUGCUAUGCUCUUCUCUACCCAGGCCUCUCAGGUGCCUUCACCUACCUGGUGGGGGUCUAUGUGGCCCUUAUCAGUUUCAUGGGCUGGCGGGCUAUGGCAGGACUACGGCUGGUUGGGGCAGCCUGGCGCUGGACUGAGCUGGCAGCAGGCGGUGGUGCACUGCUCUUUAUCAUCUCAGACCUGACCAUCGCCCUCAACAAGUUCUGCUUCCCUGUGCCCUACUCGCGGGCACUCAUCAUGUCCACCUACUAUGCUGCCCAGAUGCUCAUCGCCUUGUCAGCUGUUGAGAGCCGGGAGCCAGUGGAAGACUACAGACUGAGCAAGGCCAAUUGAGAAGCCAGGGUGUGGUUACCCCUCUCUCCUCCUGGGGGAGGGGUCCAUAACCUGCAAGAACUGAGUCAGGAUGGCUGCAGGACUGACCUGGAGAGUAGAUACCACUGGGGAAAUGUACACGUUUGAAGGGGCGUAAGCAGGAAAAGGUUCUCUCUAGCAAAGUUGGCGUUCCACAACAAUGCUUACAGUUAAAAAGA